UACAUCACGCGCUAUGAGCUGCUCUGCUCACCAUGUGGACAGUGGUACCAGCAAUAUUCUAGCAGUGGUAAGGUGGCCGUCGCAACGUUGAAUAUUUUGGGUGACCAUACGCACCACCGCGGAGCACGUGCGAUGACAUCAGUAUGGGCCUCCCGACGUCAUAACCUGGUUGGUGCGGUAUAUCAUAAACGAAGCAAGUACUGUACGGUCACUUCAUUCACCAGACCAUCAUGUUUCGCAACGUUAUCGCCCACAACGCGCGCGCUUGUACUGUAUCAUAUACCCGUUCUAUCCAUGCCACGCCCGCUGCUAGCACGGUCACCGAGAAAGUGUCUGAAAUAGCUGACAAGGUAAAUAAGAAAGUCGGCCAAGGUCUUGCAUCGGCCAUUGAGACGGGCGAGAAAGCAGCGGGGAAAACCAAGGAGACACUCGGUUCAACAACUGCUUCGGCAAAGCAGAAAACAGAAGACGCAAAGAAAACUACCCAGAAAACCACGGAGCAGGCCAAGCAAAAGGUCGACCAGGCUGCUGCUAGCGCGCGAGAAACUAAAGAUGACGUGAAGGGUAGGAUGUCAAAGUAAUCACACCACCGCUGCCCCGCUGCUGUUCCGUAUGCAUAGUCAGCACGUACUUAAGUUAGGUUGAACCUUAUUCACACCUUAAUGAUAUCUAUCCACACAAGAGCAUGGCGCAUGUACACAGGAGUUGUCGUCCACCCCACUUAGUAACAUUGAAUGUUAUGGAUUAU